AACAAAUUUACUUAUGUAAACUACAGAAGUAUAUACAUAAUGUUAGUAACUUAGGAAACUUAAAUAUUUAGUUCCUCUCCUAGAAUGAAAACAGAUAGAUUAGUAAGUACUUAAGCUGUUGCGAUGAGAUCUAUUUAAAAGGCAAUAAAGUAAUUUUUAGAAUUAAUGUUAGAAAAUAAGAUUUAACUUUUAUUCUUGGUUCCUUAAAUAAUUAUAAUGGGGCAUCGUAACAAUAAAAUGAAAGUGUAAGAAAUUUUAAGAUUAUUAGUUAUAACUGUUUUAAAUGGAGGAAAAAGAUGUUCAUUUAAAAUUAGGAGAACUUAGAAAAGAAUAUGAUACAUAUCAUACAUCGUCACUUUAUAAAGAAAAAGAGAUUUCUCAAUUUAAAGUAAGAUAAAAUAAUUAUUAUAAAAGGAUCAAGUUUAAAAAUUGAAUUUGGAAGAAUCAGAAUUAAUAAAUAAUACAACUGGAUUAACAAAAGAGUUGGAAACAUCAAAGUCUGAAUAUAUAUUGGCUAAAUAAAGAUUUGAAGAAAGUUAAAUGAGUGAAAAAUCUUAUGCACAUGUAAUAAAUAGAUUAAAACAUGAUGUACUUUGUUUUAGAAAGAAAUUAAAUGAAAUUACUGAUAUAUUUGAAAAAAAGAAAGCUGAAGCUAAUUAAGCAGAUGCAAAAUAAUGGGAAUCAAUAUAGAUAAAUCAAAUGACAAGAAAAUUAUGUGAUGAAAUGAUGAAUGUAUUAAGAGAUCUAAUUACAAUAGAAUAUUGAAAUAGAGAAACAUAAUAGACAAAGACAAAUAGCAUAAUACAAUAAAUAAAUAAAAGCUUAAUUGAUAGCAAAAGAAAAAAGAGAUGAAAGAAUGAUGAAAUAAAGAGAAAUAGCAGAACAUGCCAGUAAUGAUAAAGAUGCAAGUGAAGUAAUUAAUAUAAUAUAUAUAUUAUGUAGAAAAAAUGGAGAAAAUUGUUAUUAGUUCAUAAAGUAGUUCAUUCUUUAUUAAAAAAUAAAAUGGAAAAAGAGAUGGAUAAAUUUAGAAUAGUAGAGACAGCAUUUUAAGAAAUUAAAACUGCAACUGGAAUUUCAGAAGCAUAAGAAAUAGUUUAAAAGUUUUUAACAAAAGAAGCUACAUAUGGUUAAUUAUUAGGAACAAUUGCAGAAAGUGAAAAGAAAAUUGAUCAUUUAAAAAGGAAAAAAGAAAAUCUAAAGUAGAAUUAAAACUUUAUUUUAGAAAUAAAUUAUAGUAAUUAAAAGACGAAGUUUAAAUUAUGGAAAUGAGUGGAAAACCUUCAAAAAAAGGAAUAGAUUCGGAAAUAUAUAAAUAAUUUUAUAGUAUAGAUGAUAGAGCAAAAAAAGCAGAAAUUAUGAAAUAAAAAUUAUAUAAUUGGAGUAUUAAGAUGUUAGGAAAAUUAGAGAAAUCAUCUAUGUAAAUAUUAGAUGAAAGAAUUAAUUAUUAUCAUAUUUAUCCAAGAGGUAAAGAUGUUGAAUUAUUUGAAUAAUUAUAUAAAAUAAUACUUGAAGAUAUUGAAAAAUCUAGACCUGAAGUAAUUACAAUAAUUAUUAAAAUUAGGAAAUAUUGUAAAUAAUAGGAGAAGUUAAUAGAUCAUAAAUUCGAAAGGAGACUUUAAAUGAAGCAUAUCUCAAAAGAAAUGUUAGGAUUCAAUAUAAAAAAUUAACAUAAAGAGAAGCCAUUAAGAGAACUAAAUCAAUGGAUUCUAAAGCUGAUUUAAGCAAUAGAAGUUUUAGUUAAUUUGGUCAAUCUAGUGAUUCAAGUGCAGAAUAAUCAUAUUUUGAAUCAGAAUCAGAUGUAAAUACAAUAGAUGAAAAUAUUGAGAAAAACCAUUUCAAUGAAUUAAGAGAUGAAGCAAAAUAAGUUAAAAAAUCAAGAAAAAAGGAUGAUGGAUCUGAUGGGAAGAAAUGA